UUUUAUUUUUGUAAUGGAAAGAGCCUUGAAGGAGUGGGAAUGUACCACUGUGGAAAAGAGAGAACUAUAUUGGACGGGGACGUUUAUUUCAUAUCUGCUUUAUUUUUGACACUGAACUACAGUAUAGUAGUUUAUAUGCUCAAUUAAAAUGGUGAAAAAUUGUGUUGUAAAAAAGUGCACAAAUACUUGGUUUCCAAAUAGUAAUGUUUCAUACUACAGAUUUCCUUGGUCUGAUAAAGAUCGUCUGGAUCAAUGGUUGGAUGUUGUUCCAAUCAAGAAUCACAUUAGCAAAUAUUCAGUAAUAUGCAGUGCACAUUUUAAAGAUUCUGACUUUCAAAGAGACAGAAUUCCUCGAGUUUUGAAUAAAAAUGCUGUGCCCAGUCAAUUUGACUAUGAUGUACACAUUGAAGCUCACUCGAAUGAGAAAAGAAAUUUUUCUCCACCAUCAAUACCUUCAAGUACAAAUACAUUAAUUAUUGAUAAUGUUAUUGAAAUUUCUUCAUCUAAUGUAAAAUCUUCAACUGAUUCAAAUUUAAUGAGUUUUUCUGUAUCUCCAAAUACACCAAUUAUUGGCUCUGCAAAAACUGUUAAUUUGAAUGAAAGCAUACGAUUGAUAACUAUUUCAAAUAACAGUGAAUAUUUUCCUUCAGAGGAGCAUAACUAUAAUAAACAAAAACCAACAAUAAAGAAUGCUGCUACGCAAAUGACUAACCACAAAAAAUUCCCCACUGAGAAAGAAAUUAGAAUGCGACGUAUAAUAAAAAUUCUUCAAUCAAGAUUACGUCGCCGGGAACUGAAACUAAAGUAUAUGACUCAAGUGAUAAAUCUUCUAAAGAAGAAAGGUAAAUGUACUGAAACAUUGCAGUUGGAAACAUUGGUUUUGCAAAAAUUUUCAAAUUUAAAUGAUCAUGAUUAUGUUACAAAUGAAAGUGAGAACAAUUGCAAGACUAAGAGUAACAUAAUUUUUGCUGAUAUUGUCAAUAAUGUAAUUAAUAAUAAUGAUAAAAGUAAAACUCGGUUUCGAUAUACUGAUAAAAUAAAGGAGUUUGCCUCGACGAUUUAUUUUUAUUCACCAAAAGCGUAUGAAUACCUGCGGGAUAUAUUACAUUUACCAGAUAUGUCUGUUCUCCGAAAAAUAAAAAAGCAUCAUGCAAAACAAGAUUUGUGAAUAGCGUUUUUGAUUUUCUGAAAGCAGAAGAAAUGCACUUUGGUUAUAUUCAUGAUAGUCUCAUUUUUGAUGAAAUGACAAUUUGAAAUUGCGUUUUAAUAGAUCAAAAAGAAAACAAACUUCGAGGCAUCAUAGAUUGUGGCAAUGUUGUUAAAAAAAUAACUUAUAAUGAUUUUAAUAGUGAUAGAUUAAUCUAGUGAUAGAAAUGCAAUAACCUUGUAAUUUAGAUAUUUAAGUUUAUCAUCAAUCGAUCACUAUGUGUAAUGUUUAUACCUUAAGGCGGUAUGAGUUAAUCGCCAGCGCCAUCUGUACUCUUUACUUCCAAAUAAAAAGAGAAAAGAUAUGAUAUAACACACUUAACCCAAAAUUAACAUUAAAUAAAAGCAAUAUAUAUUUA